UACUUAGGUUUUGUUAAAUGGAUUACAAAAACUAAUAAUUUUAAAACUUAGUGGAAGGCUCGAGAAUUAGUAAUUUUGAGAUUCUAAUGUUACAUUAAAACCAAACAUGACUCGUCGCAAGAAGUCGAACAAAAUGUCGAAACGGUCGAAAGAAGAAGAGAAAGUUGAAGUUGUAAAAAAUGAAGAACCGAAACGAAGUGAGGACAUUUCUAAUAAAAUAAACUCGUAUUUUAAAACCGAAGAGAUUCAAGACAUUCGUGGACUUUUGAACACGGAGGAGUUGGGUGACCAUCAUUGUUUCGCUGGUGCUGUAGUCAUUGGAAAGUUUGAAGUUGUCAAAAGACUGUUGAGAGAAGGGCAUUCAAUUGACUUUUUUGAUGAGAACAGAGAAACAGCUGUGAUGCUGGCAGUAAGGCACUUCCGGUUGGAUAUGGUGGAUUUCCUGGUGACUCGCGGCGCUGAUAUCUCGCUGGUGGACGGAGAGGGAAACAAUGUCAUGCUGUUGGCAGCCAUCAACCCGUCGUGGGACCAGGACUCCUUUAGCGGUCUUUGGCAUAGCGUGAGGGACCACCCUCGUCUACGACCAGACCACGCCAACAAGGCUGGCUACCGCCUCAUACACUACAUCACCAGACGACAGUGGAAGGGAAUGUUGGAACAGCUGAUCGGUAUAUCAAUUGAUCUGGACUGCAAGACAAACAAAGGCGUUACUCCUCUGAUACUGGCAGCGUCACGAGGCGACACUUACGCUGUCAAGGCGUUGCUGAACGCGGGGGCUGACUUCACGCUGGAGGACCAGCAAAAGUGCACAGCUCUGUGUUACGCCAUUGCCUUUAGUCUUCAGAAGAACGUGCGGGAGCCCAACGGAGCACUUGAACUAAUCUUGGCUGCCGUCAACGAGGGACAUUCCAAAAUGACCCUGGAACAAUAUCUUAAGAGGAGAUUGGAAUUGCUCGUCAACCCUCCGAAAAACCGAGCAGAAUUCACCAAGGUUGUGACCAGUGUACUCGUCCAUGUUUUGAUCUUCUUUGCCCGUUACAUCUACAGCGGCAUGGAUCUUCUCAUGGAACUCUCUGUGUUUUCAAGAUUGCAAGAAGCGGUCGUGCAUCAUACAGACGACCCUGCGUACCUCGCUGCUGUUCUGUUGGUAGUCCUGGAGCUGAUUCGCCAUUGCGACUGCUGCUGUCAAGGACUUUCUCAGACUGAACUUGCCAACGCGUUCUUCUCUGCCGGCCUGGGGAAGUGUUUCUUGGACUUAUUGGUUAGGUAUGGUGCGGACAAAACUACAAUGAUCAAAUCCGUUUUCCAACCCCUCCUUUACCUGUGCACCAGCGAAAGCUACAAAGCCAGAACGUGGUUGGAGGGAAACUAUGUGCAUCUUCAGCCCUUUUACCACAAGUACAUGAGGUCUUUUCCUGUACUUUUCCAAGACACGUACGGUGACACACACGCUGAAAUCGAGAGACAGCACUCACUGUCAUUUCAAAGACUCAUGAAGGCAUUAAAAUCUGACGAGCGUAUUGUGACCGAAGAAGAACACCGGAAAGCUGCUCAAAAGACGAGAGAGGGGCAGAUCAGACUGGCCCGCUCGAUGUACUCAGUGGUGAAACCGAAAUCUACAAAUUUUACUAAAAUUCAAACAAGAGAGUGUCGAGAGGAGAAACUUAAUGUCGGCGUGAAAAGGAAAAGUUGCAAUCAAACACUGUACAAUUCUAUAAUACAGCACAAUUUUGGGAAACUAGAUUUAGCUCAAGCUAAACCACCUGCUCAGCCAAUUAAGGAACCAAAGGAUAUAUCUAUCUUCAAAAAAGAAGAGGUUAAAACUACAACUGAGGCAUCCAAUAAGAAAACAAAGAGAGUGAAGAAAUCUAGAAUAGCCAUAAAGGAAAUACGGGAAUACGUGUCACCGAGGUCGGAAAGUUCACAAGUACAAGAGUGUUCAGAGAGUUCAACAACAGUUGAUUCAUUAUCAGUUAAUUCUGUGAAAACUUCUCCAUCAAAUGAGGAGUUUCCAAUGAAAAAAUCUCCGUUAUUAGCGACAAAAGAGCGCUUCUCAGAAGGUUAUCAGCUGUUUCAACUGGACGAGCCGAUGGUAGUGUCGGACGAAGAAAGAAUGGCAAACACUUGUGAUUGGAUAGAAGCGUACACUGAGAAAGAUGAGGGUAAAGAAGUAUCAGAUGUGGAGGUAACAAGCACUUUGCAGUACCUGGAGGAGAUAUUCAAUAGGAUUUUGCAACGAUACGAUUCUACGUGGACGAAACAAUACAUGGAAGGUUAUUUAGGGGCUCAAGGAGACUCGAACGAUUUGACAAAACUUAUGUCUGUAUUGCCUGCUUUGGAGACCUACCACAUGAAGAAGCUGAUGAGCAAGUGGGACGGCUUCAUGAAACAGAUAAAAAAUAACGCUAGGAAAAACCACGUUGUGUAUGCAGCUCUGGUGUCUGAAAUGCAACUGUUUUUGUUAGAAUUUGAAGAUGAACUUGACAAAAGGGGAGUUAAAGUCUUGGAAGACGAUGAAUCCAGUUUGGAAAACGAUCUUGAUACUGAAUUUAUUCUACGGAAUAAAGAUUCCGAAGAUUUAAAUAUCCUAUCAAACGGAAAACCAGUGGAGUCAUUGUUAAAUAAAAACACUAAAGUUCAAGUUGAUUUGGAACUUAAAAAGGACACCAGUGCACAAGUAACACAGGAUGUAAAGUCAAAUGAAAACAAAACUGUCCACUUUGUUGAUAGUAUUUACAUAUCAGACAGUGACGAAGAGAGCGAUGGAGUCAGUGUUUGGGAAACAAAGACCGAAGAUAAAGUAGACAAACAACCUGAGACGGAUAAGGUGAUUGAUGGAGAAGGUAAAACAGAGCUAGACAAAGAAAUAGUCUGCACAAAGGAGGUGAAGGAUAAGAAAAUUAAUGUUAAAGUAGAAGAAGAGAAAGAAGAGAUGGUCACCGAAAUUCCAGUAUGUACGGAAAACACCAAUGAUGACAAAGUAGAAAGUUCUUUAAUUAAAAUUAACUUGGAAACAUCCAAAGAUAAUGACAUUUGUGAAACAUCACAAGUAUGUAACGUUAGUAAUAAAGAUUCGUUGGAAACAAUCGAAUCCAUUGCCCUCGAGGAUUCUAAGGAAGAAGAGAGCGCAAAGAUAGAUUCAGAAGACAUUGUUCUCCAAAAAAAGAAGCCUGAAGACAUUCAACCAGACUCUGAAGAAAAGACUCCACCCGGUUUUGAAAAAUCUGACCAGCUUGGUGUCUGCCUUGAAAAACUAGCCAGUUUACUAAAGUACUGUGGCCAGAAGUACGAGUCCCAGUGUCUUAGACUCAUUUCUCUUCCUGAUUGCAAGACUGAGUUUCUCGACGGAGGGAAUGUCAGGAUUUCUUCGUACGACUGUUCUCAGGAGUUUAAACUCUUCACCGGCUUCAACUUGGGCAACGUGGAGCUUGGACUGAGUGUAACAGGAAUGCCUAUAGCUGCGCGCAGAUUCCUGAAACUCGGCAACAAGUCAGUGAGCGAGAAGCUUUGUGAAUGUGUCAAAUCGCUGCUUCGUCUAGACCAUGUUUACAUUCUGCCGUACCUCGGAGUUUACGACACUCCUACUGCGGUCAUCACGUUGGUGCCUCUCUGUCGACAGGACCUGGGGCAGUAUUUGAUCCAGAUCAGAUCGGUGUUGACGCAACACACAAACUCCGCACAAACGAUCAAUCCUUACCUCGUCCUUCUGUCAUGUCAGUUGAUGGAAGGUCUUCACUAUCUUCACACCAAGAACAUUGUCCACGGAAACUUAAAGCCCUCCAACAUCAUGGUGGAUGCCAACGGAACGAUAAGAUUGGCAGAGUUUGGACUCCAACAGGUUCUGUUUCAACAAUGCAGCCCAAAUUUCUCCUCUCAGAUCUGGUGGGCCAGAGAAUGCCAAACCAUCUACUUCACUACAUGGAAGUACAUUUGCACGGAGCUUUCAGACAUACAGACAGCUGGAAUGCUUCUUCAUUUCAUCAUGACGGUGGGGAUCCACCCUUACGGCUGUACCGUGAAAGACAUCAUGGACAACAUGAGAAACAACGUGAUCCAAAUUCGAACUGAGGACGUUGUCACUUCGGACCUUGUUUGCUGGAUGUUGUGUUCGGAAGCGUACAAGAGACCAUCGACAACGGAUGUGCUCAGACAUGUGUUCUUCUGGGACACCAACAAGCGGUGGAAUUUUCUACGGACUUGCUGUGGAAAAGAGAGUGAUUCUUCCACUUUCGAUAUCGUCCAGAUGCACAAGGAUUUAGACAUACUCAGCGAACUGCGGGACAUUCACAGUAAAUGGAUCACGGUGCUGCAGCAAUACGUCGAACUGAAGACCGGCUGCAAUCAGUUUGCUGACACUCCAAGCGGUUUGUUGAAGUUCCUCAAAGAAAAUAUUGACAAUUUGUCGGAAGUCAAGGAACUCUUCUUGAAAGUAUUUGCCUACAUGCCUCUCAAUCUAUACCGAAUGUUGGAACAGACAGACUGGAUAAAACAUCCUGUUCUCGAGCCGUUCACUAAAGUCGAACUUCUCUCAAAGCCGUAACGAUUCAUUAUUGGUAACAUUCAAUCAAAUGCAAAACGUUCACAUUGAACUGCACAAUUCGCUAUUGAUUUCAAAAUUCACAAUGCACUUCAUCUAAACACGGUGUAAAUAUACUUCCAAUUGUGUAAAUAAAACUAAAAUUGUGAUAAAUA